CUAUCUUGGUCCACUGAUGUUGUCAAGGAGGAUCCUGAAGUAAAUGUUGAAGUGAAUGUAACCGAGAAUAUUGUGGCAACCUCAACAAGAUAUGCUUGCGAUAGUGCAAGAUUGUGCCAUAAUGCUGGCAGAAAGUAUAUUUGUCUUUCAAGGAAAAGUGCGAAGCUCUUCAGUGAUUUCGUAUGUAACUGGCUUUAUUAUGGGAAAAGUUGAAGCACUCUACAGAACAUGGAUUCAGUCAUGUAACCCACGAAGUGUCACAUGUACAGCAGCGAAAUUUAUGAAUGUACAUGUUGGAAAUAUUGAGCUGUUGCAAUGAAAGCUGGUGCUCUUAGGAUCGUGCCUAACCACACACUCAGAAAAACAAUUCAUUCAGAGUACUGGUGGGAGCUGUGGCAUUUCAUUAGAAGAAACUCUUCACCAUGGACUGCUCAAGGAUGAGCUGGAGGUACAUAGGGAGAAAUCAACACAUGAGUGCGGUAUUCAUGCAGAAGAAUUAACUGUGAAUGAGGAUAGCUCUUUUGGCACCAGAUAUGAUUCUGGUAUGAGGGAAAAGGAAUUUCCUGUAUAUAGUUGUAAUUUCUGCCUACAAAGCUUUCGUUCAAAAUACAGACUCAUAAUGCAUGUGUUUAUGCAUAUUGAUGGUGUGCAACCACCUUUGUAUGUUUGUAAAUGGUGUGGUGAGGUAUUUCGCAGUAAUGUAAGCUUGAAAAAACAUUUGAGAGCGAGUGAGAAUUAUGAAGUCAUAACUGUUGGCAACCAUGAAAAAUAUGGCUGUAGUGAUGAGUAUCAAAGCAGUAUCUUUUUGUAUAGUGAGCCAGAAGUUUGUGUUACAGAACAAAAUGAGCAGAAUUCAUAUCAGGAAACUUGGAAAGCUUCAAACGAGUCAUGUAACACAGAUAUGGCAAACGAUGCAGAGAAAACAGGUGAUUAUGGAACUUUACCAACAAGUGUUAAUGUCAGUGACCGCAAUGUUGUACCUACCACAAACAGAACCCACAAAUGUGAUAUGUGUGGCAAAUCUUUUACUAGCUCACAUUAUCUCAAGGCACAUAAAUUAUUUCACACUGGAAAGAAAUCUCACAAAUGUGAUAUUUGUGGCAAGUCGUUUGUUUUGUUGGGUACUCUGAAGAGACACUCAUUAAUCCACACUGGAGAGAAACCGUACCAAUGUGCGAUUUGUGGCAAAUCCUUUGGUGUGUUGGAUACUCUCAAGACCCAUUCGUUAAUACACACCGGAAACAAACCUCACAACUGCGAUAUUUGUGGCAAAUCCUUUGUUGCGUUGGGUGCUCUCAAGAGGCACGCAUUAAUUCACACAAGAGUGAAACCUCACAAGUGCGAUAUUUGUGGCAAAUCCUUUACUUUGCUCUGUACUCUCAAGUCACACGCAUUAAUUCACACUGGAAUGAAACCACACAAAUGUGAGAUUUGUGGCAAGUAUUUUGCUACUUUAGCGUAUUUCAACCGACACAAAUUAAUACAUGCUGCAAACAGGCCGCACAAAUGUGAUAUUUGUGGCAAAUCAUUUCCUGUGUGGAGCGCCCUCAAGAAACACACAUUAGUUCACAAUGGAGAGAAACCUCACAAAUGUGAUAUCUGCGGCAAAUCCUUUGCCCUGUCGGCUAAUCUAAAGAGCCAUGCAGUGGUUCACACUGGAGAAAAACCACACAAAUGCGAUAUCUGUGAGAAAUCCUUUUCAUUGUUGUGUGCUCUCAAGAGGCACUCAUUAAUUCACACUGGAAGUAAACCUCACAAAUGCAAUAUUUGUGGCAAGUCCUUUGCUGUGUUGUGGGCUUUCAAGACACACGCAUUAAUUCACACUGGACAGAAACCACACAAAUGUGAGAUAUGUGGCAAAUCUUUUGCCACUUCAGGUUAUUUCAACCGCCAUAAAUUAAUACACACUGGAAAUAGGCCCUACAAAUGUGAUAUUUGUGACAAAUCUUUUGUUAUGUUUUGCGACCUCAAUAAACAUUCGAAGAAACAUGCAUUAAAACAGUCAUUAAUUCAAACUGAAAAGAAAACCUACAAAUGCGAUAUAUGUGGCAAGUCUUUUGCUAGGCCUUGUAAUCUCAACCAGCAUUCUAUAAUACACACGAGAAAGAGGCCCGACAAAUGAGGUACCUCUUGCUAUGUCAGACGAGCUUUCAUUCACGCCAGGAAUAGGCCUUACAAAUGUGAUACUUGAGGCAAAUCAUUUGCUAGAUCAGGUGAUUGAAACUUCGGUCACAGAUAUCAUAUUUGUGGGGUCAAAUGCUGUGUCUUGCUCUCAAUUGGGCACUCUCAAUACACAUGUAUUACUUCACAUCACAAAGAGGCUACAAGAAAGUGCUAGUUCAAAGAAAUCGGUUCCCCUGGCUGGUGCCCUCAACGUCUUUAAAAUAACAGAUGUAGCAGGAAGACAAUACAAGUGUGAUGCCUAUUAAAUAAUAUUAAAAUGUGCUAGAGUUGUCAAAAAAGUGCAGUAAUGUGUAUUACUGAGUGGUAUCAGAUAGUGUGACAAUAUAAAACUCCAGUCUGCUGCCUUAGAAGUGAAGAAACUUUAGUGUGAAAUAUUGCAGAAAAAUAAAUCAACUCUGUUUUUGUUGUUAACUCAAUUUUUCUUAUCAAACUUGAGACAAGAAGUUUGUGAAUUGUGAUAAAUUGUUCACCUGUGUCAGUAAUUGUAAGUACCAUGUAGUAUUCAGUGUAAGGCCAAGGAGAUUUUAUGAUUUGCUGUUUAUUAUUAGAAAGAUAGUCAUCAUGUGAUACUUGUCGCUCUGCAUUAGAGGCACAGUGGCAGCAAAAAUAUGUUCAUUGGACAUACUUCACCCAGGCUAGGAAACUCUCUACCAGAGAACGAUGAUUAUGGCAGUUAUUUUACUUAGGUAUGCUUUCUCAAGAGAUUUGCUGAAUUUGUUACUAAUUGUGUACAUCCAUGUUCUGUUAGUACUACUACUCCAUUAAUAAAUAUGUUAUAGCAACAUACAUAUGCUGAUAUACCAAAAUCUUAUGAUCACCUGCUUAAUAGUUUGUCAACCUUUAGAACACAAUACAUCAACAAUUCCUCAUGAUAUGGACUUGACAACUGGUUCACACGUUUUUGGAAGUGUUGCAUCAGACAGUUAUACAUAGGUUAAUCAGUUUCUGUAAAUUUUCACCUUGUAGUUUUUUGGGUGCAGACCUUUCGCCUGAUAUCACAGAUGUAUUUCACAGGUUCAGAUGAGGCAAAUAGCAUGGUCGAGACAUCAAUUUUACCAUGCACCACAGACGACUGUGUAGCUAUACUUGUCAUGUGAUAUGGACAGUUAUCCUGCUGGAAGAUGCCUGCACUUCGGGAAAGCACAUUUGGCAUGAAAAAAUAUAUUCAGUUACAGUAAAGGUCACAUAGUUUACAGCUGUCGUGAUACAUUUGAUUACUACCAGCUAUCCUAAAGGAUCCCAGGUGAACGCCCCCAUAGCAUAAUGUUGCCUCCAUCCUGGCAGUUUUUACAGUGACCUACUGUUGAGCCUUGAUGAUCUGUUGCCCAUUCCAAUUGCAACUGAAAGUUUUGUUGGAUCAGCAGUGUGCACUGAAUUGUGUGUUGCAAAAUUUGUGUGGCUGCACUACCAUUGUUUUCCAUCAUUAUAUGUGCCACAAAUUGUACCUGUCCAUCUUUACAGAGCAGGCAAGCUUCUGAAGAAGUGUGGAUGUAUUACACCUUUUCAUCAUGUUGUGGAUUUAUCACCCUUCAGCCACUUUCCACAGGUGUUCACAACAGUAGCAGACUACCAGCCAACAACUUUCACCUCUUUCAGAGGUUAGUUCCCAGUUGUCAUGCCAGAACAACUUGCCUUUUGCUAAAGUCACUUAUGUCAUUGAAUUUACAUGUUCACAACCCAUCUCAUUGGUAGAAUAAAUCCUUGUUUAUUUCUGAUUUGGUGGUUUACUUACUGCAUCACAUGCCUACAACAAGUGACAUUCAGUCUUCUGGUGGACAGUGUACACGACUUUUUCCUCAUCAGUGCAUCAACAUGUCAGAAGCAAAAAUGUGUAAUCUAACAAAUUAAUUUUGCUUGGUUGCCAUUUACUUCAGUGUGCAAUAGGUAUAUUUUUUUGUGAAAUUUUUUUGUUUCAUAAAACUCUGUACAUGAUUCAGAGGUAAUAUAGAUAAGUGUUAUGGACCAAAGCUCUCGAUUAUUUAUUCAGCAUUUAAUACUGUGUAAGCACUACACAGAAUGAAAUAGGUAAACAUUAGAUGUUAUAGAUUGAUUGCCGUUAUUUAUAUACGUGAGAACAACACUUGGAGAUCAGAAUGUGAUAACUCAAUACAUGAAUAUAAUCCAAAUCAAUAAUUUUUAUUGUAGUGAAGAAAUAAAUCAAGUGAGCAUUCUCUUUGAUUGUGUCUUGUGUUAUAUUUCAAAGAUGUUUCCAUU